AUCAUUUAGCCUCCUGUAGCUCCUGUUUUUGUCCUGGCCAUGGAGAGCAACCUGCAGGGAGCUCGCUGAAGGUCAUAUUGACUUCCUCGCCCUCAACGGGACCACCUUGUAACCUCCGCUGAGUGGAUGUGUGUGUAGCUGAGGAGCAUUGGAUGGGUUAUGGGCAGUUGUGGAACGUGUGUUCGCAACACUGCUCAGUGUAAUUGGAACGCCACUUAUUCCUGCUGCUCACCAGAAGCCAUGGAGGAGGUUUGUUCACAGAAUCCACAUCUGCGUCUCACUUCACAUCGGGCCGACCUCUGAGUCUGACCUUCAAAGUUCCCCAAGAGCACCCAGAGGCGACAUGGCCAACAGCUCUUUCCGCGGCCCCAAACAUGGGCGCCGUGGCUCGGCCUACCUGGAGGCUGAGUUCAGCUGCUCGCUCCAGGAAUUGCGCUCGCUCAUGGAGCUGCGGGGGGAUGAUGCCCAGGACAGGAUACGACAAAACUACCAGGAUGUCAACGGACUCUGCACCAGGCUUAGAACUUCCGCUCUCGAAGGUCUGGACGGUUCGUGGGAGGACCUGGAGCUUCGGCGGCAGGCUUUCGGGCCUAACGUGAUACCCCCCAAGAAGCCAAAAACCUUUGUGCAGUUAGUGUGGGAGGCGCUGCAGGAUGUGACACUCAUCAUCCUGGAAGUAGCCGCCGUCAUUUCACUUGGCCUUUCUUUCUACAGACCACCGCAUGCCGACAGGGACAGUUGCGGGAGUGCGGCGGGCAGCGUGGGCGAUGAGGGAGAGGCAGAGACAGGUUGGAUCGAGGGUGCAGCCAUCCUGCUCUCAGUGGUUUGCGUGGUGCUGGUGACGGCCUUCAACGACUGGAGCAAGGAGAAACAAUUCCGAGGCCUCCAGAAUCGAAUUGAACAGGAGCAAAAGUUCAGCGUGUUGCGCGCAGGGCAGAUGACGCACAUUAAAGUGUCAGACAUCGUCGUGGGCGACAUCGCGCAUGUCAAAUAUGGUGACCUCCUCCCCGCCGAUGGCAUCCUUAUCCAAGGCAAUGACCUGAAGAUUGACGAGAGCUCCCUAACCGGAGAGUCAGACCAUGUAAAGAAGAGUACAGACAAAGAUCCUAUGCUGCUUUCAGGCACCCACGUUAUGGAGGGCUCGGGGAAGAUGGUAGUGACGGCGGUAGGUGUGAACUCUCAGACGGGCAUCAUCUUUGCGCUGCUCGGCGCCAAUGAUGACGGGGGUGAUGGAGAUGAUGACAAGACUGAGAGGAAGAAGAGAAGGAAGGAGGAACGCAAAAAGAGGGAGAAGAAGGACAAAAGAAGUAAAAAGGAUGAAAAAGGCAAGAAAGCAGGGAAGAACAAAGAUGGUGUACCCGUGGAGAUGGAACCACUUAAUGAGGAUGCUGAACCAGAGAAGAAGAAAAACAACCUGAGGAAGAAGGAGAAGUCCGUCCUCCAAGGGAAGCUGACCAAACUGGCUGUGCAGAUAGGAAAAGCAGGCCUCUUCAUGUCAACGCUGACCGUCAUCAUCCUCAUCGUUCGCUUCCUUUUGGACACCUUCUGGAUUCAGGGCAUUCCCUGGACCAGCGAGUGUGUGCCCGUCUAUAUGAAGUUCUUGGUCAAGUUUUUCAUCAUCGGCGUGACUGUUCUGGUAGUUGCUGUGCCAGAAGGUCUCCCUCUGGCUGUCACAAUAUCUCUUGCCUACUCUGUCAAGAAAAUGAUGAAGGACAACAACCUGGUGCGCCACCUGGACGCCUGUGAGACCAUGGGCAAUGCCACAGCCAUUUGCUCUGACAAGACUGGUACACUGACCAUGAACCGAAUGACGGUGGUCCAGGCCUACGUGGCUGGCUGCUAUCACAAGAAGGUGCCCGAGCCCAGCCUGGUCCCUGCAAAGAUACUGGACCUGCUGGUUCUGGGAAUUGGGGUCAAUUGCGCCUACACUACUAAGAUUAUGCCCCCUGACAAGGAGGGCGGUCUUCCUCGUCAGGUGGGCAACAAGACGGAAUGUGCCUUACUGGGACUGAGCUUGGACCUGAAACGGGACUACCAGAGCAUCCGCAAUGAGUUUCCUGAAGAGAAGCUAUUCAAGGUGUACACCUUCAAUUCGGUCAGGAAGUCCAUGAGCACCGUGCUCAAGAACCAUGAUGGCAGCUAUCGUAUGUUCAGCAAGGGAGCCUCUGAGAUCCUGCUCAGGAAGUGUUGCAAAAUUUUGAUGGAAAAUGGUGUGGCCAAAGCCUUCAAGCCUCGUGACCGAGAGAAACUGAUGAAGACAGUGAUCGAACCCAUGGCCUCUGAAGGUCUGAGAACCAUUUGCCUCGCCUACCGGGACUUCACCUCAGCUGACCAGCCUGACUGGGACGAUGAGGCAGACAUCCUCACCGGGCUUACCUGUAUUGCCGUAGUCGGCAUUGAGGACCCUGUCAGACCUGAGGUGCCAGAAGCCAUCAGGAAGUGCCAGCGUGCGGGCAUCACUGUCCGUAUGGUGACAGGAGACAACAUCAAUACGGCACGUGCCAUUGCCAGCAAGUGUGGCAUCCUGCAUCCUGGCGAUGACUUCCUGUGCCUGGAGGGAAAAGAGUUCAACAGACGCAUACGCAACCAGCUUGGCGAGAUCGAGCAGGAGCGUAUUGACAAAAUCUGGCCAAAACUCAGAGUCCUCGCCCGGUCGUCACCCACCGACAAACACACCUUAGUCAAAGGUAUCAUCGACAGCGCGGUGCUGGAGCAGAGGCAGGUUGUUGCAGUAACUGGAGAUGGCACCAAUGACGGGCCCGCUCUCAAGAAGGCAGACGUCGGCUUCGCCAUGGGCAUCGCUGGUACGGACGUGGCGAAGGAGGCGUCGGACAUCAUCCUGACCGAUGAUAACUUCAGCAGCAUUGUUAAGGCUGUCAUGUGGGGGCGCAAUGUCUACGAUAGCAUCUCAAAGUUCUUGCAGUUCCAGCUUACGGUCAACGUGGUGGCCGUUAUCGUGGCCUUCACCGGCGCCUGUGUGACACAGGACUCUCCCCUGAAGGCUGUGCAGAUGUUGUGGGUCAACCUGAUCAUGGACACCUUUGCCUCGUUGGCGCUGGCUACGGAGCCACCCACUGAGGCGCUGCUGCUACGCAGCCCAUAUGGGCGCAGCAAGCCAUUGGUUUCACGCACUAUGAUGAAGAACAUCUUGGGACACGCUGUCUACCAGCUCACUGUCAUCUUCACCCUGCUCUUUGUCGGUGAGAUUCUGCUGGACAUGGACUGUGGUCGCAACGCGCCUCUACACGCACCUCCGUCGGAGCACUACACCAUGGUAUUCAAUACCUUUGUGCUCAUGCAGCUCUUCAACGAGCUCAACGCUCGCAAGAUCCACGGCGAGCGCAAUGUAUUCGAUGGUGUCCUCGACAACCCCAUCUUCUGUUCCAUUGUGCUCGGAACUUUCCUCAUUCAGGUGCUAAUCGUGCAGUUUGGUGGCAAGCCUUUUAGCUGUGUGAGUCUGAGCAUAGAGCAGUGGCUCUGGUGCAUCUUCCUGGGCUUUGGCAGCCUCCUUUGGGGACAGCUGGUGUCCAGCAUACCCACACGUUGGCUGAAGUUCUUGAAGACAGCGGGCCACGGUACUAAGCAGGAGGAGAUCCCAGAAGAGGAGCUGGAGGAGAUGAAGGACCCUGACGAGAUCGACCACGCCGAGAUGGAGCUGAGGAGGGGCCAGGUGCUCUGGUGCCGGGGGCUGCAGCGAAUACAGACGCAGAUCCGUGUGGUGAAUGCCUUCCGCGACAGCGUGUCCCCGUACGAGAACCUAGAGACGCCCGAGUCUCGCAGCUCCAUCCACAACUUCAUGACCCACCCUGAGUUCCGCAUCGACGACUCGGAGCCUCAGAUCCCCCUCAUUGACGAGAUGGAGGGCGAGGAUGACGCGCCAACGAAGCGCAACUCCGUGGUGCUCCCCAACAACACCCUCAUUGCCACCUCCCUCCCAGAGCGCUCCCAACUGCCACCCCCACUGCUCAAAGACCAGGCCCCUCAGGCCAGAGCUGCGGGGUUAAUCUCCGCCAACUCUGGGGGGCUACCCCCCUGUCCCGGUAGCCCACUGCACAGUUUGGAGACUUCGCUGUGAAGCAAAGGAAGCAGUUUUCCUGAUUAUCACAGAACCAGGAAGCAGCAGUCUUUGUAUUACUAGACGUGAACUCUCGCAGAUGUGCUUUAGGUGAUUGAUUUGUAAUCAAUAAUCACAUAGAUAUUAAUGUGAUGGAUUUGUGACUUUGUGUUUGUAGACAGCCAGGUUGCAUGGGGUCUUAAUUGUAUGUUGUGUAUGUUUUUGUAAAGAAAUAAACGGGUUUUAGGUCAUGGUUUUCACAACCAAAAUAUGGGAAUAUGUCAGAUGAAAACAGAACAGAAAACAUAAAAACAAAUAUCUUCCUUUAUUGAGCUCUUAAUGAUUUCAUUUUGGAAUAUAUAACAGCUGUACAGACAAAACGACUUAGUCAUAAAAAAAUGAUUUAAUACAAAUAUUUACUGCAUAAUCUCAACGUGUAAAUUUUUUAUUCUUUCGAUGUUCGUUUUUAAAUAAAUAGAUUUGGUCUGUUUAUCACGGGCAUUCUUGAGAUUUUAUCAAACAUUCAAAUAUACAUUUUUUGUCAUAUUUUUAAAUGAUUUGGCUAUUAAUCAUUAUUUAACAUUUAAUUUUAUUAAAUGAUUGUGCAUGAAUGAUGGGUUAAUUGAAAGCUCUAAAUUGCCCAAAGUUGCGGCUCUCAGGGUGAAUGGUUGGUUAUCUAUUUGAGUUUUGUGAUUGGGUGGCAACUAGCUUGGAGUGUACCCCACACCAUAGUCACCUGGGCA